GUUGUUAUGGGAAUAUACUGAACGUUGACACAACUGGAGCUUCGGAGGCGACCGCGAAACCAGAAGGUCUGAGCUAUGCAGGAGUUCGCGCCUCAGAGAAGAUUGCAGAAAGAGAUUUGAAGAACAUGGAGAAAUACCAAGCCAUGAUUACAAAAGUUGGCAACAGCAAGCGUGUUGAUCCAGCUGUGAUUGCUGGUAUUAUCUCUCGAGAGUCGCACGCUGGGACCGUGCUGGAGAAUGGCUGGGGAGACUACGGAAAUGCGUUUGGUUUAAUGCAGGUUGACAUACGCUACCAUAACGUUGUCGGGUCAUGGGACAGUGAAUUGCACUUAAUGCAAGGCACAGAGAUUUUAUGUGGGAUGAUAAAUGAAAUCCAGAAGAAAUUCCCAACGUGGACAAAGGAACAGCAGCUCAAAGGUGGGAUCGCAGCCUAUAACACGGGACCUAACAAUGUCCGGAGCUACGACAGGAUAGACGCUGGCACAACACACAAUGACUACGCCAACGAUGUGGUUGCAAGAGCCAAGUUUUAUAAGAGAAAUGGAUACUGA